CUUGCCGGGCUUCGGAUCUGCGCGUGCGCGAGGUGACAGAUUGGUUCCACCGGAGGCAUGGAAGGAGACGCGGCCCGGGGGUGCCUGUCGAUGGAUGGCUUUGCUCGGGUAGCUGAAGCCGGCGUCUCCAGCCCCGAGUUCACAUCUCUUUGCUCUUGGCUAGUUUCCGAGCUCCGCAGCCUUUGCCCGCUCGAAGAGGACGUGAAUCCCACUCGUGGUCCUGAGGAUGCCGAGACCUUCCAGAUCGAAGUGAGCGGCCUCCUUGGAGAGCUGCAUUGUCCCUACUCCUCAUUGACUGCGGGGGACGUAACAGCCAGGCUUAGCACGCCGGAUAGGUGCCUUCAGCUCCUGUAUUUUUUGAGCUCGGAGCUCCUUGCCGCCCGGCUGCAGGCUCGGAAGACGCCCCGUUCGCCACCGGAAAAAGAAGACCGAGCCGGCGAAGCGGUGAACGAGCUCCAACUCAUCUGCCAAGCCCUGGGAAUGACGGACCUCGAUCCAGGCUGCCCAGUCCAUCAGGCCAUGGCUGACAUAGAAGCCAAGAUUUCGGAGGCGCUUUCUUCACUACCCCCUGAGCACCAGCAGAUGGCGCCGCUCCUAAAGGCCACGCUGACCUCCAAGGAAUGGGGGGCGCUGGAGGGCAUCCGGGACGUUCUGUGCACAGAGUAUCGGUGCCGCCGACGCAUGAUGGCUACUCGUCUCGACGUCACCGUCGCGUCCUUCCAUUGGUCCGAGAGGGCAAAGGACCGCAGCGGAGCUAUGUCAGAGGCCUUCAAACCCUUGCGGCAGUCUUUGCUGGAGGAGUCUCAGGUCACCUUUCCCCACCUGCUGGCAGCGCGGGAGGACUUCUCCCGCAUUGUGAAGACCAGCAGCGGGGCUUCACGGGACAAGACAAGCUGUGCCGUCAACAAGGUGCUGAUGGCUGGGGACGUCCCGGACCGCGGUGGGCGGCCGAAUGAGAUUGAACCCCCUAUGCCCGCGUGGGAGAAGAGGCGAGAAGGAGGAAGAGGGGGCGGCCAACAGCGAUGGGGCAAGCGGAGCAAGAAGAAGAAGAAAUAGCAAGGGGGAUGGAUCCUGACCUCCUCCUCCGGCGUGGGGUAUGGUCAAAACUACCCUUAACUUUAGGGCGGGGAAGAGGCUUCAGGAAGUUUGCUGCAGCAAGGAUGAGCGGUGGAUACAGACCCCAAAGCCCAGCCUUCACCAAAGGUGGUUUCAGUUUUGCUUUUCCCCAGGAUGCGGGGAAAUGCAGUUUACAAGAAAGGUGCUGAUUACGUUGAACUUGAGACAGUGGGCAGGGGCAUGUGCGUUAACAUCAGACGUCUCGCCCCUGCCUUCACUUGCUUUAAAGUUGUUGAACACAGAUGUUUUGUGUUGCCCCCAUUAUAGCUUGGUACCAGAUGAAUGACAUCUCCCAGCAUCCCCAGUUAGUUGGGGGCCAGUGAUCAGGUGUGAAGGGAGUUGGGGGCCAAUGUCCUGAGGGCCACAUGUUCCCCUUCCCCGAUCUAGUUAAUACACAACUUACAAGGAUGAAGGAACAAGAGGCGCUGGCAAAAGUCUGGAUUUCUCAAGGUUUCUUUUUUGGGCUUUAGAUGCCAGAUGUGGGUAGGAAGCAACCUUCCCUUUUGGGCUGGAUGGGCAGCACUUAUGAGAAAUCCAGCUUUAGAAAUGUCCCAUUAGAUUUAAUCAGACAAUGUAGGAAGAGGGAAGGUACUGUUUUGGGAUUUUUAAGCACAAACCCAAACUUCUUUGUAUCUUUUCCUGCUGGAUUAUCCACAGGGUGGCUCAGUUGUAACAGCCAAUGAGUAUGGGGUUUUGUUUGAAUGGUGCCAGUUAAUUUUUGUCCUUGUUUUGAAGGGACAGGAUUGAAAAUUGCCAGGCUGGGUUCAGUAUAACACUAAGAGAUUAAACAUUUUCCUUGUAAUU